CGCGGCCGGGGGAGCCCGCGCCCUCAGAAGGAAAAGAAGGCCGCCGCGCGAGCGGAGGCGGCGACGAGAGGUAUGUUACCAGUUUUGUAACUGUUAACAAUGAUGGAAUGAUGGUCACCGUUGAACCUGCAUGAGAGUGGUUCAUUGGACUCUCCUCCUUGCUGUGAUUGCUGAAAUUUUGUCAUCACCUGUGCUUGUUUGUGAUUUUGACAGACUUGGAAGAGGUUUCGUUUAGUGUACAGCCUGAGGUUGUCAGAGUUGCUGGGUGGAGGAGAUCCAGUGAAGGAAGAUAAGCCAAGUCAAAGAAACCCCUGCCAGCCUUUGUUGAGCUGUUGGGAAAGUCUGCUCAAAUUAUACUUCCUGCAGUUUAUUCCUAAGUCUAAAGGUUUGAACAGGCCAAUGAGUAUUCUCAUCAUCGAGGCAUUUUACGGAGGCUCCCAUCGACAGCUGGUAGACCUGCUCCAAGAAGAGUUAGACAGUUGUGUCCUCUACACCCUUCCUGCAAAGAAAUGGCAUUGGAGAGCACGGACAGCAGCUUUAUACUUAUCACAGAGUAUUCCCAGCAGCGAGCACUACAGGAUCCUUUUUGCAAGCUCAGUACUCAACCUGGCUGAACUAGCUGCUCUUCGGCCGGAUCUGGGAAAACUGAAAAAGAUCUUGUACUUCCAUGAAAACCAGUUAGUAUAUCCUGUCAAGAAAUAUCAGGAGAGAGAUUUUCAAUAUGGAUACAAUCAAAUUCUCUCAUGUUUGGUGGCUGAUGUGGUGGUAUUCAAUUCCAUUUUUAAUAUGGAAUCGUUUCUUACUUCCAUUGGAAAAUUCCUGAAGCUGAUUCCUGAUCACAGACCUAAGGAUCUGGAAAGCAUAAUCAGACCCAAGUGUCAAGUUAUUUAUUUUCCCAUCAGGUUUCCUGAUGUGAGCAGAUUCAUGCCCAAGCACAAAAUAGCCCACUUAAGGAGGAUGCUCAGCCUUAAUGGAAAUGGUGUUGCAGCUCUGCCCGUGAUGCCUCCUUUCCAGCCAGAGCAGAGGGAUUCUAAGAAGUUAUUGGAGAAUUUUAAAUCAAAGUCUGAGGAACACCCUGACCUUGAUGCAGGACAGGAAACCCUGGACAAUCCAUCUAUCCAGAAAUCAGGCUUGGAGAAGUCCAGUUUGUCAGAAGAUAAUUCCGGCUCUCUUCCUGUGAGCAACAGUCUAGCUCUUGAUCCCAGCAACCUUUUGUGUGGAGCUCAUGAUCAACAGAGACCGCUGCAUAUCACAUGGCCUCACAGGUGGGAGCACGACAAAGAUCCAGAGAGUUUUUUUAAGAUAUUAAUGCAUCUAAAGAACUUAGGACUCAACUUCCAUGUCUCUGUCCUUGGGGAAACUUUUACAGAUGUCCCAGAUAUAUUUUCAGAAGCCAAAAAGGCACUGGGAUCUUCAGUCUUACAUUGGGGCUACUUACCCUGUAAAGAAGACUAUUUCCGAGUACUGUGCAUGGCUGAUGUUGUCAUCUCAACAGCUAAACAUGAAUUCUUUGGAGUAGCAAUGUUGGAAGCUGUGUACUGUGGCUGCUACCCACUUUGUCCCAAAGACUUGGUUUAUCCUGAAAUAUUUCCAGCUGAGUAUCUGUAUUCCACACCUGAACAGCUUUCAAAGAGGCUCCAGAGUUUCUGCAAGAGACCAGAUAUUGUAAGAAAACAUCUUUAUAAGGGUGAAGUGGCUCCAUUUUCUUGGGCAGCCCUACAUGGCAAAUUCAGGUCUCUGCUCACAACAGAACCCAGGGAAGAUUUGUGACAGAUGGGGCUAAGUCACAAACUUGCAGCCUAAGGCAGAAUCUGAAGAACUUUCCAGAGUGUGCCCAUAUUUACCUGAUCAGAGAGAAAAGAAAAUCUGCAGAGGAAGCCGAGCCUGGCUGCUUGUCAUAGCUGACACAGAGCCAUCUGCCACAAACCUGUGGCGGCUUCAGAUCUCCAAUCCCUGCCACCACCCCAACUCAAAUUAAAUACAGAUUCCUAGAGACGUUAUGAUGGUUACACAUGUCCUCGGCAUCACAUGUAGGAGACUGUUCAAAAAAAAAUAUGUGGCCUGUUGUAUAACCGCACUCAUGUAUCCCAUAUGUGGUGCCACAUUGAAUUUCCGGUUGAAUCCGUUUUUAUCCUUUGUACUGGAUGACAUGGUGCCUGAAUUCUUUCUUGCUGCCGACACGAUGGCAGCCAAACUGCAGCUUCAAACACUCACACUUGGCUGAGUUUCUACCUGGGUUGCCAGGUUAUCAUUGGAGCCUUCUUGUGUCCUCAGAGGGCCACAGGGCCUAGAAAGAGGAUCAGAAUGCUCCUGAGCUAAUUGGGCAGCCAUCUCAAAGCUGCUGUAGGCAAAGGGCUGCUUUAGCACUUUUCUUUUAGCAAAUUAAUGACUCUCUGGCACAGGAAUCUUUAAGUGAAGGUAUUAAUAAGGGGUCUGGCAGGUAUUCCCAUGAUUCACAGAGUUUCAUUUGCAUUUAAUUAAUCUUAAAGAAACUUGCAAGAUAAACAGCUGUAAUGCGGACAGACAUGGUGGAUACAGUGAGUGAAGGCCUCUCAUCCAGAAAAUGAACACGAGAUACUUGUUCUACAUUUUUUUCUUAUGGGUAAAAAUAGAGAAAUCAAAAUGCUUCUGACAAAGCCAUAAUUUGGUACAAAUAUUCUUCAAAAAUAUUUGCAUCCAACUACAAAUAUACUCUUUCUGUGAUAAGUCACUUAUGAUUCUUGUAGUCAAGCUGCUCUGUUUGUUGGUGUAAAGAUGUUUUAAAUGGCUGGAUUGUAAAAUAAAUUUUUAAUAAACUACCCGCUGUAAUUUUAA